ACAUUUUUGCUUCAUAAGUAUUACCUUUUGUACUUCCGGGUUCUAUUGUUUACAUUUGCAGCAUCGUUCCAAGAAAUGCCAAACUAUGAAGGAGUAAAGAAAAUACUCUGCCUAUGAAACCAUGACGCUCCACAGGUUUUAGGACAGACCCGCACAGACGGUAACCUGCAUCACCGCGCUUCGUAUUUACGAGGAUCUCCAGUAAAAUCCCACCAUCACCAGGAUCAAGAUCAGGACUCGAGAGUGAAUCAUGAAAAAGAAAAGCAGACGCCUGAAGUCUGCAGACACUUCUCAGAAGACCCUGAAGAUAGAGACCACGGUGAGCUUCAGCCAGGGAGCGAAGACUCCAAGGAACAGAGGAAGACCAAGGAAGACACUUCCUGUAGUCACCGCUGAUCAUUUUCAUCCCUACACCUCAGCCAUGGUGGAUGAGAAGACAGAGUGCAGUGUCAGAGACCAGAAACUCACAGAGACCAAGAACAAGAGCUCAGGCAGACUCUCUACUGCCACCUGUCGCCUCUGCCAUGGAAAGUUUAGUCCACGUAGCCUGCGUCACGCCUUCAAUCACGGGUCCCGAGACUCAGUAGAUGUUGUUGAUGAAGACUCAGACACUGCGGACCGCUCUCCACUUUUAUUUCACACAGACUUCCAACAACUGGUGGGGGUCCAACUGACCCGUGACCCCCAGCUGUCAGAGUUUAUCUGCAAGAAAUGUUACGCCAAUUUCUACAAGUGUCACGGCAUCCUGAUCCCUGUCCACUGGUUCUUUUCAGCGUUGCCCUCCUUCACCUCAGACUCCAGAUGUCUCCACAGUUUGGUCUCUUGGGCUCAUCACCACGGAGAGGCCUGCCGUUCCUGCCCAGACCUGAAGGAGGUGCUGAAAGGCCAGUGCUGGGGCUCCGUCGAGGCCGUGUGGGGCUGUGUGGACGGUCACAGCUACACCAUGCACAGUCAGUACAGCCCAACUGGUCCUGCCACUGCGGGCUCCACACUAAACUGUAACAGCAACAGCUGUGGAGACGCAGUGAUGUCAGAGGGGGAGGAGCAGCGGGCAGAAGCGGAGGGUGAGAAAACCACAGGAGCAAGUUUGACCGACGCAGUGAUGAUGCAGAAACAGAACUCAGCUGUGGACCAGUGGACUGACGGGGCUGCAGAUGUCACAGAGACGUUGGCUCCUGCUGAGGCUCAUCUGGAGGACAGGACGGCCGACAGCGAUCUGUCCGACAGGGUCUUCUCUGAGGACGAGGUUGAAGAUGGGAGAAAAGCAGUGAUGUCAGAGGACGAGCCCUUUGAUCCAAACUCUACAACCAGAGGUCACAGAAUUAACGCCACCAACAAAAGAAGGCAGGACACAACGAUCACAGAGGAGCCGAGGAUCAAAAAGAAACCUGGACCCAAACCAGGCUGGAAGAACAAGUUCAAACCUAAGAGUGAGGAGCUGCCAAACAUCUACAAGUGUCCGUACCAGGGCUGCACAGCUGUGUACCGGGCCCCCGAUGGUCUGAAGAAGCACAUCAAGGAGCAUCACGAGGAGGUGAGGGAGAGACCGUGUCCUCACCCAGGCUGCAACAAGAUCUUCAUGAUCGACAGAUACCUGCAGCGCCACGUCAAACUCAUCCACACAGAGGAGAGGAACUACAUCUGUGACCAGUGUGGACAGACCUUCAAACAGAGGAAACACCUGUCAGUCCAUCAGAUGAGACACUCUGGAGCCAAACCACUGCAGUGUGAAGUGUGUGGCUUCCAGUGUCGACAGCGAGCGUCGCUCAAAUAUCACAUGACCAAACACAAGGCAGAGGCCGACCUGGAGUUUGCCUGCGUCGUGUGUAGGAAGCGUUUUGAGAAGGCCCACAACCUCAACGUCCACAUGUCCAUGGUCCACCCCGUGAUCCAGACUGUGGCCCAGAGAGGCAGCAAUCAGUGGGCGGCGCCAAAUUCACAACAACAACAACAACAACAACAACAACCACCACCAACACAGCUGCCUCCACCGUACUCCGAGGAGAGCGCCAUCACACUGAGCACAGAGGUGGUUCAACAGCACCAGGACAGAUGACGACAGGAAGUCCAGGUCCAGUCUGGUACGGAUGAUAGAGUGAAACAUGAUCCAAAACCUCUGAUGUCACAGGAGGACGGUGGCGUCGUCUCUUUGUUGAGCGUCUUCCAGUCACUGCCACGACUUAAAGGUGAAAAACUCAAACACUGAAACGACUCAGACGUGACCCGAGUUGCUGUGAGUCGGAAGAUGACUUAGAAAAGAACAAAUUAAAAAAAAAAGUGUGCAUACAGUUUGUGUCUGUGAGGUGAAAACAGGAAGUAGAAAAAUAAGACUCACCAGCAGCAGCUGUCACUCAGCUCUGAGAGGUUUCCACAGAAAUGUCACCUGGUUCAAACAAACAA